AUGUCCGAUACAAAGGUCUACCGCGCCAGCACCACUGCGCCCGUCAACAUCGCCGUUGUCAAAUACUGGGGAAAGCGCGAUGCUAAGCUCAACCUCCCUACCAACAGCUCCCUCUCCGUAACCCUCUCGCAAGCCGAUCUCCGAACUCUCACAACAGCCUCGUGCUCGAGCACCUUCACCGAUGGCGACAGCCUCACUCUCAACGGAGAGUCCUCCGACAUCUCUGGCGCCCGAACCCAAGCUUGCUUCCGCGAGCUUCGAUCCCGCCGCGCCGCUCUCGAGGCCGCCGACUCUUCGCUCCCCAAGCUGUCCACAUACCCCCUGAAACUCGUCUCCGAGAACAACUUCCCCACUGCUGCUGGCCUUGCCUCCUCAGCUGCUGGUUUCGCUGCGCUCGUCCAGGCUAUCGCUCUUCUGUACGAGCUUCCCGACUCGCCUUCUGAUCUUUCGCUCGUCGCUAGACAAGGUUCUGGAUCUGCUUGCCGAAGUCUCUUUGGUGGAUAUGUUGCGUGGAGAAUGGGCGAGAAGGAGGAUGGAAGCGACUCAAAGGCCGAUCUCGUCGCGCCCGCUUCACACUGGCCUGACAUGCGCGCUCUGAUCCUCGUUGUCAGCGCCGCCAAGAAGGGUGUCUCUUCUACCUCCGGCAUGCAGCAGACCGUCGCUACAUCCGGUCUCUUCAAGGAGAGAAUAGCAAACGUUGUCCCCGCCAACAUGACCGCGAUGGAGGAGGCCAUCAAGAACAAGGACUUCCCCAAGUUCGCCGAGGUCACCAUGCGCGACUCCAACUCUUUCCACGCUACUUGCGCCGACACCUACCCUCCCAUCUUCUACAUGAACGACGUUUCCCGCGCCGCCAUCCGUGCUGUUGAGUACAUCAAUGAGAAGGCUGGCAGGACCAUUGCCGCUUAUACCUUCGAUGCUGGUCCCAACUGUGUCGUCUACUACGAGGAGAAGGACGCUGAUACCGUGGUUGGUACUUUCUACCAAGCGCUCCAGGGUGUUGGCGGUUUCAAGGAGGGUGCUGCUAGCGCCAAGUCUAGCGUUGAGCUUGAGAGUGGUCUUGCUUCUACUUUGAAGGAGGGUGUGAGCAGAGUUAUUUCCACUGGUGUUGGUGAGGGUCCUAUCAAGACUGAUGAGUUCCUUGUUGGAGAGGACGGUCAGGCUGUUCGACGAUAG